GAGUGGCAUUGGCAGACUGUCAAUCCCUCACCAAAGCGGCCAUCAAACAACAUAAAACACACACAGUCACUGGGCUGCUGGGCUCAUAAAUUCCAGCUGGCUGAUAUUUUUGCACAUUGCUUUGCAGAGAGUGUGUAAUUAAUUUUUUUACAGUUCUUUCCCCUUUAUUUCCGCUCUUUUCUUUGCACAAGUUCAAACUUUUGAUAGCUGCAAUUUUGCCCCCAUUGUACAGACUUGGGAUCAUUUGUUAUUUUUUGGGGGGGAGGGCAAUUAAUUUUUUCAUCUGUGUUUGUGUUUUCUUGGGCUUUUUUUAAUGUUGCAAUUUGGGGAUGGGGGUGUUUGCUUGGUUUGUUGUGGUUUUUGCUGUUUGCCACCCUCCUAACUUUUUAAGGAUUUGAAAGCAAGUUUUUUGUGUUUUUUUUUUUUUAAUUUGUCUUUUUUUUUUGCGAAGAAGAUUUUUUUUGGACAAGUGGAGGAAAGACAUAAAAAGCAACAAUAAAAAUAAAAAAGAAGAAGAGAGAAAGAAAAAAGCUUUGAAGGAAGAUUGUACGAGGGAGAGAAAACUGCAAAGAAACCUCAUCAACUCAUUUAUUCAAGCCACAAAUAUCAUAAUUAUGAUGAAAGAAGAUUGUAACUAAAGAAGGGAGUGAUUUACUGCAUUGGAAAGAAGAGAGUGGAAUAAACAACUGAGAUCCGGUGAAAUACUAAAUACUGAUUUUUUUUUUAAUUUGCGAUAGCAAAAUAACAACAAACAGGAACUGAAAUUGACUACAAGAGAUUUAUUUGCAUUUUCUUUUCUAAGCACAAACCUCCUUCCUCUGAUUGUGAGGCUGUUUUCGCCGUUUCUCCUGCUGCUAUCUCUGAAAGUGCAUUGAUUGGGCUGCGGUAGGAGGUAUGGAUGAUCAGUCCAGGAUGUUGCAGACUCUGGCCGGUGUGAACCUGGCUGGCCACUCGGUGCAGGGGGGGAUGGCUCUGCCUCCUCCCCAUGGACAUGAAGGGGCAGACGGCGACGGCAGAAAGCAGGACAUCGGAGACAUCCUCCAUCAGAUCAUGACCAUCACUGACCAAAGCCUGGAUGAGGCACAAGCAAAAAAGCAUGCACUGAACUGCCACCGAAUGAAGCCUGCUCUGUUCAGUGUCCUGUGUGAAAUCAAAGAGAAAACAGGUUUGAGCAUCCGAGGAGCCCAGGAAGAAGACCCUCCCGACCCCCAGCUAAUGAGACUGGACAAUAUGCUUCUGGCCGAAGGGGUUUCAGGUCCUGAGAAAGGUGGGGGAUCGGCAGCAGCAGCCGCAGCCGCAGCAGCCUCUGGAGGGUCCUCAGAUAACUCUAUCGAACACUCAGAUUACAGAGCCAAAUUGACCCAGAUCAGACAAAUCUAUCACACAGAGUUGGAGAAAUAUGAACAGGCGUGUAACGAAUUCACCACACACGUGAUGAACCUUCUCCGAGAACAGAGUCGGACACGUCCCAUUUCUCCCAAGGAGAUCGAAAGGAUGGUGGGCAUCAUCCAUCGAAAAUUCAGCUCCAUCCAGAUGCAGCUCAAACAAAGCACUUGUGAAGCAGUAAUGAUUCUGAGAUCAAGGUUCCUUGACGCCAGACGGAAAAGGCGUAACUUCAGUAAACAAGCCACAGAAAUCUUGAACGAGUAUUUUUACUCCCACCUCAGUAAUCCCUACCCCAGUGAAGAAGCCAAAGAGGAGCUGGCAAAGAAAUGCAGCAUCACAGUAUCACAGGUAUCCAACUGGUUUGGCAAUAAGAGAAUCAGGUACAAGAAGAAUAUAGGGAAGUUUCAGGAAGAAGCCAAUCUUUACGCUGCAAAAACAGCUGUGACUGCAGCACAUGCCGUGGCAGCAGCUGUCCAGAAUAACCAGACAAACUCCCCCACCACACCAAACUCUGGUUCUUCUGGUUCUUUUAACCUCCCAAAUUCUGGGGACAUGUUCAUGAACAUGCAGAGUCUGAAUGGGGAUUCUUACCAGGGGUCCCAAGUCGGAGCCAAUGUGCAAUCACAGGUGGAUACCCUGCGUCAUGUUAUCAAUCAGACGGGAGGGUACAGUGAUGCCUUGGGAGGAGGUGCACUGUAUAGUCCACACAAUUUAAAUGCUAAUGGAGGCUGGCAGGACGCAACUACUCCAUCUUCUGUGACUUCCCCUACAGAAGGGCCGGGAAGUGUGCACUCUGAUACCUCUAACUAAUCUCCUAGCAACACUUUUUCCCUGAGCUGAGAUGCCUUGAUUAGCGCAUUCAGAGUAACAGGAGAAAAAGAAAGGAAUUUUUUUUGUAGCCAACCACCUACAGCUUUACUGUAAAACCUUGUCUUAUUAGAAAACUUGGUAAAUCUGUUUUUUAAAGGUAUCAUAAUCAUUUGUAUUUAUACUUAACACACAAUGUUAAAAAGCACUUUAUCCAAUUAGGCCAAGAUUUAGCAUUGUU